ACUCCCUCUUCCUUGCACACAGCUACAGCCCCCUCCCUUUCUUUCCUGUUUCCCCACCUCUUUCCCUGUCUUUCUCUCCUAUCCUAACCAACAUGGCCGCUAAGUCGGAUGGAGCAGCGGUGUCUGUGGAAGAUGACAACACGCCCAGGAGCCUCUCGGAGCCGGGGAACCCCACCGCCCGGUCCCGCUGCACCGCCGCCGGUGGGAAACCCUACACCCUCCUGGACUGCUGCUGGGUGCUCUGCGCCCUGCUCGUCUUUUCUUCCGACGGAGCGACCGACCUGUGGCUGGCCGCAGAUUACUACCUGAAAGGGAAAUACUGGUGGUUCGGCUUGACUCUUGUCUUUGUCGUGGUGCCCUCCGCUGUCGUGCAGGUGCUGAGUUUCAGGUGGUUCGUUUAUGACUACUCGGAUCUUAGCAGCGGAGAGGGUUCAGCCAGCGCCAGCGGGGGCUGCGUGGCGAAUGCAGGCGCGGCAGGCGCCGAUGCCACAGCGGGCGACAGUACUUUAAGCACCAAGGACAGCGACCAACGCGGUGCGAACGCGGCAGCGGUGAAUUCCGCGAAUGUUAACCCGGUGUAUACAUCCUCUGGCCCGACUGCCGCGGCGGGGAGAGCUGGCUCCCCUCGGAGAUGCUGCACCAUCUGUAUGUGGGUUUUUCAAACCGUGCUUCACGUGCUGCAGCUGGGGCAAGUCUGGAGAUAUGUCCACACGCUUUACCUGGGCGCCCAAAGCCGAUGGCACAGCAACGGGCCCCGUCGUCACUUCCACUGGAGGCUGAUGUUUGAGAGCGCCGACAUUACCAUGCUUCGCCUGCUGGAGGCCUUCCUGAAGUCCGCGCCACAGCUCGUCCUCCAGCUUAGCAUAAUGAUUCACGAGAAUGAAGUCCUGCCAUUGCAAGGUCUCUCAGCUUCAGCAUCGCUGGUUUCGCUGGCCUGGAUGAUCGCUUCCUACCAGAAGGUUCUUCGGGACUCCCGCGACGACAAGCUGCCCAUGUCCUACAAGGCUGUGAUUGCCCAGAUGCUGUGGCACUUCUUCACCAUUGGAGCCAGGACUGUGGCUUUCGCUCUCUUUGCCUCUGUCUUCCAGCUCUACUUUGGCAUCUUCAUCGUCAGUCACUGGUGCGUGAUGACCUUUUGGAUUAUCCAGGGUGAGACUGACUUCUGUAUGUCCAAGUGGGAAGAAAUUAUCUACAACAUGGUUGUGGGUAUCAUCUACAUAUUUUGCUGGUUCAACGUCAAAGAAGGGCCCAGUCGCCUCCGCAUGGCUUUGUAUUACUCGGUGACGCUGGCAGAGAAUGUGGCACUGACGGCUGCCUGGUACACGUACCGUGGCCCCCAAACUACCGACUCAUCUGCCCUGGUAGUGGUGUGCCUAGUGGCCUGCAGCUUUGCCCUGGGAACCUUCUUUAUGUUGGUUUACUACUGCUGGCUACACCCAGAUGGGCCGGUCCUGGGCUCUCAGUGGGGAGGAUGUGUUGAUGAGGGUGUUGUUGGUACAGGGGGGAUGGUGGGAGUUAUUGACGCUUGCCUAACUCCAUCCCAAGGGUCCCAAACGGAUAUGGUCAUUACCAGUCCUCCACGGACUUUGCCCAGGACUAAAGAUAAAGACACAGGGGAGCCAGUUCCUGGGGAACGGGACAGAGACAAGGAGAGCUGCCUGCCCGUCUUCCAGGUACGCCCGUCCCCUUCCGCCUCUCCUGCUCUUCUUCACAGGACCUCCUCUACAUCCCGUGCACAGGAGGGUCCUGUAAUCAGGAUCGACCUCCCAAGAAAGCGAUACCCGGCCUGGGACGCACACUUUAUCGACCGGCGCCUUCGCAAAACCAUCCUUCUGCUAGAAAACACAUCAGCCAUCAGUCCACGGAUUCAGUACAGGAGCAGCUUGAUGGGCAGCAAAGAAGUGUUAGAAUAUGAGACAACCGUUUAAGCCAAUAGGGGCUUUCAAACUACAAAGUGCAGCCUGGGACCAAGGCUCCACCAGGAAUCGGUCUUCAACCCAGGACUACCUGUGCUGGAAGUAGGAUAAAAGGGAGAGUGUCUGGUAAGUCGUCUUAAGAAGAGAGGUUGUCAGACAGCGAUUGUGAAAUGUGAGCCUCAAUGUGGGACCAAAGCUGUUGAAGAACUUUUAGCAAGAGUCACUGGUGGGGAGUAAAUGGAGUAAUGCUGAACCAGGAUGGUCUCCAAUAUAUUUUCUAACACUUCAAUCACAAGGAACUUAAUCCCACACCUGAGACCAAUAAGUGUUUCAACCUGGAUGGUCAGAGCAACAAGUAAAAAGACACCAGAGAAAUAAAGCUUGAGAUAAUAAAAAAAAAACUGUCUGCCACAUGAACUUGAGCCUCAGGCUGUAAAGAGAGAACAGAAAUGUACGAAAUGUUAAAGAAACAGAUUGUCAGAGUGUGCAUGGGACAUGCAAUCAUUUUGGUUUUGGGAAAAAUGCAACAGCAUCCAACAUAAAUCUACAGUCUAUGUAAUUUUACGUUCAAAGAUGCUGAGCCAUUAUCUACAACUAAAUUCAUCACAGGUUUAGCCAAGAUAAACAGACACAUCUUACCUCCAAUUAACCAAUGAAUUACUUUGGCAUGCUUUAGAGAUUACCUGCAAAAACUCACAGAAAGGUCUGAGUUGAUUUGUUGCAAAGGUCGAUUUGUUCCCUGCAUCUCAUCUUGUCCCCAAAACAUUGCAUGUGCCUCACAAAUCUUUGAUAAAUGUGCUCUUUAAACAUUUCAUCAUUCACUCUCAAAUUCCCAGCAGAGCACCGGUUUUCAUCUGAGGAAAGACCGCAGCUCAGUUUAAGCUUAAUUGGUUCAAGAAAUGUAGGCCUUCAAUACAACUGAUAACAAUUCACCCAUCCAUUUGUGCCACAAUUGCAGCCAUAGCACAAGUCUCGCUGUUUACAUCCUAGCUGCACUGUCAACCCCAACCCAUUGGACUUGUGGGGAAAGCUCAACGAGGAUCUGAUAAAUGGAUGUACGUGAGCAGCUUCUCCAAUAGCUACCAACAUAUGGCAUGCUGUAAAUCGCCAGAAACAGGUCUGUGAUGUACAGUGGAAUAAAUGCAGAUGUCCAAUACUGUAUAAGAUGUUAAAAUAAGCUGUAGUUAGGUGAUGAAUGCAUUUUGUGAGUAAGGAAGCUUCAUUUACUCGUAAGAGUCUAAAUGUUGUCCAAAGUGGUUCACUUUUUCUAAAAAUCAUAAUAUGUAGUAUAUGAAAGAUUAAUGAUCUAUUUCAGUAUGGUUUUUAAGGGUUUGAUUUAAGGGCAAAAAAAUACUAAAAAGAAAUAUAACACCUGUUUAAAGUAAACUGUCAAAAACCAAGACAACAGAAAUGUUUUUGCAAACUACUAGUUGCAAUAGUUGAUGUCUUUUGUAAGGAUAUACCCGCCGCAGCCGUAUCAUUUCUUUUUUUUUAGGUUUGGUUUAUUUUGAAGGCCACCAUGUUUUAAGAUUUUAGAAGGUUAUGAGCAGUAAUUUUAAAAAAUGAAUAAAUAAAAACCUUCUGGGUGCUUAGAGGUUGUAUCGUCAGUGGAGAAAGUCACUGCCUCAAGAAGUUAUAGAAAGAUUGGCAAAGUUGCUAAAAGUGCAAUCCAACUGAUAAGCGGCUAUGAGAGUUUCCAAUUAAAAGGAAAAAUGAUCAGCUCUUAUUGUUGGUCCCAAAUUAAGGCUCUGAGAUAGGAAACGCUGUCAGGCUCCAAAUAAAUUUCUUUUCAUGUUGUAACAAGGCAAAAAUAUUGCUAUAUUAAAGGAUUUUGCAACUACUUAUGAAAAAAAAAAGGAUGACCAGAGUAUUACAUACAGGAUGUGUUGGUAUCAUACGUAGAACUCAUGUCUUCACUGAUUGUGUGUAUUUUUAUGUUUUUGUUUGUUUGGGAUUUUUCUUUUUUCUUUUGUUUUUUUUUAGAUUAAGAAAUGUUUCCUAGAUGCCUUCUAAUUUGCAAAAGCCUUCUUUACCACCGUAAGGCACGAGUUGGUAUGAGAUAGCCACAUCAUUAUAACUGGAGUAAAAUACCUGAAUAUAAUUUGAUUCUAAUGUUUUGAAUUUAUAUAAAAACCCAACUUUCUUUCCUCUGCAAAAUAAUGCUUUGCUUUCAUUAAAGAAAUUUUAUCUUUCUUUACCCUUUCUUAAUGGGUCACAGGAGAUUGGUGCUCUGGUCCACGUGUGGUGCUGCAGGAGAAUUGGGAAUGGGUGGGGCUUUUAUAACAACCAAUUAUCCAUUUGCAUACUUAGCACAGAAAAAGUUUGGAGUCUGGACCCCACCAGUUCUGCUUCUAGUACUGGGAAAGAAUCUAGGGAUAUCAUGGACCUCGAGGUGCAUUCAUGAAAUGGAGGGUGUUCUAGUUUGAGAAUAUUUUUUUUGCAGAUAAUGUUAUUUCUUUAAGCAGUCACCUGCAGCUCAUACUCAAGUGAGCAGUUUGCAGCCAGUGGAGAAGAAAUGAGUCAUGUCCCCUAAAUCUACAUCAGCACUGAGGCUUGACUCGCCUUUGGAGAUGGGUUUAGGCGCUUUCUGAUCCACAGGAAA